CAUACAUGCGCUCAGUUUCACCUGUUGACGCCGACAGGCAGCUCACAGUCAUCUGUCACUUUCCUGGGAGGCGAUAGAGAGGGAUUCAAUCAAACCAGACGAAGAUAAAGGUAUCAAAAAAACCGAGACAGAAAAACCUGUGGGACUGACUGUCAGCCCCCCAGCAGACAGGAGCUGGAGCGCUCAAAGCGACUUUUGGCGACCGGAGUUGUUUCUGAAAGUGAAAGCGCUGCGUAAAGUUCGCUGAAGUGAACUUAUUUUCCAUUCACUUUGUUGUUUCGUCCGGCUGUGCAGCACUAUGUUAUGAGGCGGAGGAACUACAUCACUUCUCUUUGAGCUUCAAAGCACGUUUACGCGACUCAGAAAUGCCUCGACACAACAUGGACUGCCCCAGGAGCCAGUGGGAACAAGGGCUGCGGACGCCGUGGAUCACCCGAUUGGCUGGAGAGCGAAGUCCCGCCUCCUCGGGGGCGGAAUCAGACACAGAGAGUAGCAGCACAGAGAGUGAGAAGUCCUGCUGUAAAAAACUGGAGGUUGGCUCAGUGAGGAUCCUGCCGUCGCCUUCCAUGCUCCAACAGCGAAUCACAGAGAUCGACCAGCAGAAGGAGGAGCUAAAGAUUGAGCUGCAGCUGGAGAUAGCCCUGCUGCAGGGCGAGCUGCAGGUGGAGAGGAGCCAGCUGCACAGACAGACCCAGCAGCUGCAGGCGCUGCAGGAGGAGGCGAGACAGAGCGAGAAGCACAGACACGCCGACAGACACAAGCAGGAGCGAGAGGGCCUGGAGGAGGAGAGGACGCGGGUGGAGGAGCUGAAGAAGAGGUGUGAGGAGAAGGAGAAGCUGAUCCCCACGCAGCCGGAGAGCCAGAGACAGCAGCUAACUGUGCAGCUGCAGCAGGAGAAAGAGGCGAUGGAGGCUGCUGUUCGGGCUUUCGAGGACUGGGAGUUUCGCGUCCUGGAGCGAGAGAGCGGCAUCGGUGAGGAGGACGAGGGCGAGACGAACAAAGAGAAGGAGAGAGAGAGAGAGAUGGACAACAAGAUCUCCUGCCAGCAGCAUGCGGUCAACACGGCGCAGGAGCGAGUCCAGCAGCUGGAGAGGCAGCUGAAGGAGAUGGAGAGAGAGAAGGAGAGAGAUCUGAACGCCUUGAGGAAAGAGAAGAGAGAGCUGCUCCAAACAAGUCAAAUGGUCCUAAAAGACAAGAAGCCGCUCAGUGACUGGUCGAACAUCACCGGCUCGGCGCCUUGCAUGAUGUCACUCUCCCCGCUGACAGUUCACAAACCUCCACAGGAGCCGUGCAAGCAAGAAUCAGCCAGUUUACCCAGAAGACGGAGCUCGCAUCGCAACCACAAACUCAGCGACCGGCCGCUGUCGGCGCAAGGCUUGGUCAGGACAGAGCCAGACAGCCAGAGCCCGGAGACUUUCACUUCCCCCCUCCCCUCCCAUCGACUCAGCAACGGGCACAGCAACGGGCACAGCAACGGGCACAGACCUGGGCACAGCAACAGCGGCGGACUCCUCACGCCGUGCAACAGUGCCAGCAGCUCUCGCGCUGCCAGCCCGUCCCAAGGACUGCUGGACCUGGUUGAGAUCGAAAAGAAACUCAGGGAAGCCAAGGCGGAGAGAGAGCGGCUGCUGAGAGAGCGGGAAGAGCGGCGGCGGUUGUUACAGGAGGAGAAACGGCAGAGAGAGCUGGCCUCUCCCAGGACGGAGCCGCCAGAGAGCCCGCACCAGCCUGACCCAAACCCACAGCUGAAGGCCAGUUCUCCCCCAAACUCCCCAGAGCAGCGUGGCCUCCCCCUCUUCCUCUCUCCGAACUUUGACCUCCGGGCCCAUGUGGAGUCGCUGGGUCACGGGGUCUCGGGGUGCAUGGGCCUGCGCAUGACCUCUCGCCGCUGCGCCGGCUUCCUGACCAAACGAGGCGGAAGGGUCAAGACCUGGAGGAGGAGGUGGUUCCUGUUUGACAUGGACCACAGACGACUAGCUUACUAUACAGACUGUGACGAGAGGAAACUGAAGGGAGUGAUUUACUUCCAGGCCAUAGAGGAAGUUUACUACGACCAUCUACGCACAGCCACAACAUCUCCACGGCCCAGCCUGACCUUCUGCGUGAAGACGUACGAGCGUCUCUUCUUCCUGGUGGCUCCCAGCGCCGAGGCCAUGAGGAUCUGGAUGGACGUCAUCGUCACGGCAACAGACGAGCACAGCCGGUACUGACCUCCGCCCUGCGACUGUGACCCACGAGCGAAGCUACACUUUUCCCCAAAUCUGCUUUUGUGGUUUGGAAAGUCAGCCGGGCGACUAGGGGACCGGUCGUGUUUGUCGCUGUGGUUCGGGGUGUAAAACGUUUCAGAGCGCCAAAACGGACCGAGCAGACGAGGCACGUGAACUUUGGAGGAAACUGUUACCAAACUGAUGCCUGAUACAAACCACAGCCAGAUUUACACGACAACAGAUUGGGUCUCUUCAUCUCAGGGUGUGGAGGGAGCUCUCUGUUUGGACAUGGUCUCCCCCUGGUGGUCACAGUCCAGUAUUACAGGACCAGCGUACACUACAUUAGAAUUUCUAUUAUACUGAUUUUCAUUAAAACAAAAGAAAAACACACA